GCAUCGCACUGGUUAGGAGGGGUUUGCAAGAACCGCGAAUGAAAGCAGACGCCAAUACUUGGAGGAAACAUUUGGGCUGAGGCACUACGCGAGAGUUGUCGACAGUAGGCGUAUUGUUCGCUACAAUGAGUCGUUUCUGACUGACUUCAACUUUUCCGCGCUGUUGAGGUUAGGCUACCUCUUUUUGGACAUGAUGAAAAUAACGCAUGGUCAUUUCCAGUAGAAGUGUUCGCCUUAAUCGAAAAAGCGAAGGGAUAUAUUAUCAAAGUAUCGAAUUCAGUUAGCAUUGUGGGAGUCCAGCCUGCAUGGCCUACACGCUCGGCUCCGGGUCGGACUCAGGCCCUGCCAUAGGCCCCCAGCACUGCAUCACCAAGGUGGAGCUGUCCGUGUGUGGUGCUAGCCUGCUGGACCGGGAUGUGGCCUCCAAGUCCGACCCCUUCUGCGUGCUCUUCCACGAGGUGGAGGGCAACUGGGUGGAGCUGGGUCGGACGGAGACUGCCGUGAACAACUUGAACCCUGUGUUUGGGGUGAAGUUCCAGGUGGACUACCGCUUUGAGGAGGUGCAGAAGCUCAAGUUCGCCAUGUUUGACGAGGACAAGUGCAGUGCCCAGCUUCACGAACACGACUUCCUGGGCGAGUUCACCUGCACUCUGGGAGUGAUUGUGUCCAAUAAGAAGCUGCAGCGGCCGCUGAUCUUAGCCAAUGGCAAGCCUGCUGGGAAGGGGGCCAUCACGAUAACUGCCCAAGAGCUCUCCGACAACAGAAUAAUAACGCUGAACAUGUGUGGGAGAAAGUUGGACAAGAAGGACUUUUUCGGCAAGUCUGACCCCUACCUCGAGUUCCACAAGCAGGGUGACGACGGGAAAUGGAUGCUUGUCCACAGAACAGAGGUGAUUAAGAACACCCUGGAUCCAGUCUGGAAAUCGUUUACUGUCCCCCUCAUCUCACUCUGUAAUGGAGACGUGGACAGGAACAUUAAGGUGUUGUGCUAUGACUAUGAUAAUGAUGGGGGCCAUGAUUUCAUUGGAGAGUUUCUGGCCACCGUCACCAAGAUGAACGAAGCUCAGAAUUCCUUGGAGGUUGAGUUUGAAUGCAUUAAUCCCAAGAAACAGAAGAAGAAAAAGAACUACAAAAACUCUGGGGUCAUCGUUGUGAAGUCUUGCAAGAUCACUAGAGACUACACCUUCCUGGACUACAUACUAGGAGGCUGUCAGCUCAGUUUUACAGUUGGCAUCGACUUCACAGCCUCGAAUGGGAACCCAAGGGAGUCGUCCUCCCUGCACUACAUCAACCCACUGGGCAGCAAUGAGUACCUGUCUGCCAUCUGGGCAGUGGGCCAGAUCAUACAGGACUACGACUCAGACAAGAUGUUUCCUGCACUGGGAUUUGGAGCCCAACUCCCACCCGACUGGAAGGUUUCCCACGAGUUUGCCAUCAACUUCAACCCCACAAACCCCUUCUGUUUAGGCGUGGAGGGGAUUGUCCAGGCCUACUCCAACUGCCUCCCCCACAUCCGAUUCUACGGCCCCACCAACUUCGCCCCCAUCAUCAACCACGUGGCCCGCUUCGCCUCCCAAGCCCUCCAGCAAGACACGGCUGCGCAGUACUUCACGCUGCUCAUCAUCACGGAUGGAGUGAUCAGUGACAUGGACGACACACGCCACGCCGUGGUGCAGGCUGCCAAGCUGCCCAUGUCCAUCAUCAUCAUCGGGGUGGGCAACGCUGACUUCGCUGCCAUGGAGUUUCUGGACGGGGACAGUAGUGUCCUGCGCUCUUACACCGGCGAGGAGGCUGUGAGAGACAUCGUGCAGUUUGUCCCCUUCAGAGACUUCCGUAAUGCUCCAAAGGAAACUUUGGCCAAGUCGGUGUUGGCAGAACUGCCGCAACAGGUCACACAGUAUUUCAAACAGAGGAACCUGUCGCCUAGCAACACAGUGCCGGAUGAGGCCUGAAGUUCAACGUGCAUGUUGCCAAAAUCUAUUCACUGUUUACAUAUUAUUAUUAAAAAAAAAGACCAACUAUGAUGAAGCGCAUGAUUUUUUUAAAAAGACAAGAUAAAUGUUUUUAUUUAAUAAGUGUUUGUUGAUAAUACAUGUUUAUAAAUCCUUAAAUUUAAAUGAAAGCUGUUGUGUAAGUGUUCAAAAACACUAAAUGCACCCUCUGAAUUGUAAAGAAGAUAGAGGAUUUGAAUGUACCUUUAUACAGAUGUUCUAUGUUUAAGACGAACUAUUUAACACAAAUUUAUGUACCUUUCAUGUAGUGCAUAUGUAAUUUGUGAAAAUUGUACGGUACCUUGGUCAAGGUGUAUUGAUUUUAUAUACAGUCUUUUAUGUUACCACUCAGGUCAAUAAAUUUCAAUUGAAAA